UUUUUCUCACUUACUAGCCGUUUCAUUUAAAUAAAAACCUCUCUAUUCCUCCCCUUACACAAAUACCCAUUAAUUGUUUUUCUCUCAAUCCCAUCUCCACUCUCUUCUUCAUUAAUUGGUUCUUGGUUUUUUUAAUUGCUCUCAGUUUUCUGAGAGCUUUUUAUAAGUUUAGUACUGAAGAAAAAAGAUAGCUUUAUUUUUUUCUUUAUUUUUGAUUCUUUAAGAAAAAACCAAGAAAAAGAAUAAUGGGUGUAUCUAAUGAGAACAAUCCUACUAUGAUUAAACCCAGAAAUGUGCAAGGUGGGGCAGAAUUGGGUUACAGAAAGUUUGGAGUGGAGACAAGGAACAACAGAAGAGCAUUAAGUGUGAUUAAUCAGAAUUUUGUUGGAGCUAAGCCAUACCCUUGUGUUGUUAAUAAGAGAGGAUUAUCUAAUGCUAAUGGGAUCUGUAACAAGAAUCCUCCUGUUCCAGCUCAUAGACCUAUUACAAGGAAAUUUGCUGCACAAAUUGCUAACUCAAAGCAGCAUUAUCCUGAGGAAAACAAGAAACCAAAAAUAGCAGCUGAAGGUUUAAGUGUAUAUGAGGAUGUAGCUAUAAUAGAUGUGGAAGAAUAUGAGGCAGCAGCAAAGGACCAGCCAGUUCCAAUGUCUUUGGAAAAAACUCAAAUGGAGAUUGAGAUGGAGGAUAUAUUUGAGGACAGUGUGAUAGAUAUUGACAGUAAUGAUGCGAAGAACACGCUCGCAGUUGUUGACUAUGUGGAAGAUCUGUAUGCUUACUACUCAAAAAUGGAGGGCUGCAGCCGUAUAUCGCCAGACUAUAUAGGACAACAGUUUGAUAUCAACGAGAGGAUGAGAUCUAUACUAAUAGAUUGGCUCAUUGAGGUACACCACAAGUUUGAUCUCAGGGAAGAGACAUUAUUCCUAACUGUUAAUUUGAUAGAUAGAUUUCUGGAGAAACAAUCCGUUGUGAGAAAGAAGUUGCAGCUUGUUGGUCUCGUCGCUAUGUUACUAGCGUGCAAAUAUGAGGAAGUUUCUCUCCCUGUGGUGGAUGAUUUGGUGGUCAUUUCGGACAAAGCAUACACAAGGAAGGAGGUUCUUGAAAUGGAAAAAUUGAUGCUCAAUACGCUGCAGUUUAAUAUGUCAGUUCCAACUCCAUUUGUUUUUAUGAGAAGAUUUCUCAAAGCUGCUCAAUCGGAUAAAAAGCUUGAGCUACUUUCGUUCUUCUUGAUCGAACUUUGCCUCGUGGAAUAUGAAAUGCUUAAAUUUCCACCAUCGUUUAUCGCUGCUGCUGCAAUCUAUACAGCUCAGUGCACACUUUAUGGUGUUAAACAAUGGAGUAAGACGUGCGAGCUGCACACAAAAUACUCGGAAGAUCAACUUCUGUGA